AUGCCAUGCGCCACAGUCCCCCCGUCGUUGCUGCAGCGGCAGGUGGACCACGCGGGUCCGAGCAAGAUAAGGUCCACGGUCUACGUCACUGUGAACCCGAAGAACAAGAAGGGUGAGAUCGAGUACCUGUACGGCUGCCUCGGAAACACGCUGGGGGUCUACUACGUCACCAUCGACGACAGCGCCAAAUCAUCGGUGCUCACUUCCAGCGGUGUGACCGAGACGCUGAAGGGCGCGGCUUUUCGCGCCGUGCUGAGGAAGAAUGGCAGCUUCUUGCCCUUGACGUGGCCUGACUGGGAGAAGGGCGGAAAGGGUCUGCCGCUGCCUGUGGUGCAGUCCCUACUCGGAGGACUGGCGAAGAAGAAGGGGACGGCGGCUGUGAUCAACGCGAAGGGGGGCCGGGAGGUGUCGGCCCUGUCCAAAGCGGGCAUGAACGUCGUCGCCGCCUUCUCCGAGGGCAAGAGCGAAUACCCCGGGCUCCUCGUCGAUUCGAAGUCCGGCCACAGGUUCGGAUUUCCUGAGAUGGAGGCGAGCACCGUGGGUCCGGUUGUGCAGGAGCAGCCGGUUGGGCAGGAAGAGCGAGAGGCGGGGGGGGAGAAAACGACUGAUUCGGGAGGGAAGAAGGGAGGUGCGAAGGGUUCGGAGCUGGCCGCUACGGAGAAGCUGGCGAGAAAGAGGAGCCGGAGGGCAGGAGAGCGUGUGAUCGAGUCAUCCCCGGAGCCAGAAGACGAAGGAGGAGAUGCGCAGACCUCAGCAGAGGGGGAGGGGCAGGCAAAAGCGCCGGAAGCUGCCGAGGGAGAGGCAGGGAAGGGGCAGCUGUCGGCAGAGACGCUGGGCGUCGAGAAGGCGCAGGGGGCGGCACAGGGGGAGGGCAAGGAAAAGGGUGUGGACAAGGAGGAAGGGGAGGGCCAGGAGAAGGGCCAAAAGGGAACGGAGAAAGAUGGGGAUUCAGGCGAGGGAAAGGAGAAGGGUGGUGGGGUAGGGGGAGAGGGUGGAGUGGAGGGGAAUGAGGAAGGGGGAGAGGGGAAUGAGGAAGGGGGCGAGGAGGGGGGUGAGGAGCCGGACCCGGGCCUGGAAUUCGGAGACGCGCAGUUCGAGCAGUACUUUGCUUCGCUGCCCUCCGCGAAGGACGGGGCCGGGGGCAAGACUGAGAUGGGGGCGAUUGGCGGGGGAGGUGGUGCUGCUGGCGGGCUCGGUCCUGCUGCGGUUGUUACCUCGCCGCUUGUCACACCCCUGACGGUCACCCCGGUUAGCUCCGGCACCCCUCAAAGCAAGACGUCCAGAGACGGGGCGAGUCUAGAAACAGGGGCGAGGGACGACAUGUCAAGGUUGUCGGAGUUGGAGGCGGCGGCGGCGGACGAAGGGCGCCUGCUGACGGACGAAGAGUCGAGGGAGCUGACGACGCUCAAGAGGGCAAAGAGAAAGAGAGAAGAGGAGGGGGCGGAGGAGGAGGAGAUGGCAGGGGGGAAGCAUGCGAAGAAGGUGGGAGGGAGGGGCGCACGAGAGGAGUACCUCGCGCAGGUCCGAGCGGCUAAGGAGCUGGAGGCUGCGGAGGCGGAGGCAAUUGCGGCGGCGGGUGGGGCAACGGGAGUUUCAGGCAAGUCGGGCAAAGGGAAGGGGGGUUUGACGGCGGAGGAUCAAGCCGCAAUAUUUGCGGCGUUGCAGGAGGACCAGAGGCCCCGACGUGGCAAGGGCAAGAAGUAG